AUGUCCUUUGUCAAGGCUCUGCCGAAGACCAUCGCCGACACCUACGAUCUGGUCCUGAUCUCGCCCCGGAACUACUUCCUCUACACGCCUCUCCUGCCAGCUCUGGCGUCCGGCACGAUGGAGCCGCGGUCCAUCGUCGAGCCCGUGCGCAAUCAGAUUGUGGGCAAGGGCACGUACUACGAGGCCGCGUGCCAGUCGAUCGACGUCAAGAACAAGGAGCUCGUCUGCUGCUUCCCCGCCGACGCCGGCCUCGACAGCGCCUGCUUCAAGGUCCCCUACGACGCGCUCAUGGUCGCGGUCGGGUCCGUCAACAACACGUUCGGCGUCCAGGGCGUCGAGGAGCACUGUCACUUCUUCAAGUCCAUCGAGGACGCCCGCGCGCUGCGUGCGCGCAUCUCCGAGCUGUUCGAGCGCGCCGCGCUCCCGCACACGCCCCUCGAGGAGAAGCGGCGCCUGCUCUCCUUCGUCAUCGUCGGCGGCGGCCCCACGGGCGUGGAGGUCGCCGCGGAGAUCUACGACAAGAUCGAACAGGACCUGUCGCGGCUCUACCCCGAGCUCACGAAGCUCGCCAAGGUGUCGAUCAUCGAGCUCACGGACCACGUGCUCGGGACGUACGACCGCAAGAUCAGCAACUUCACCAAGCAGCAGUUCGAGCGAGCAGGCAUCUCCGCGCGGCUAAACACCAAGGUCUCGGCCGUCGGCCCGCGCUCCGUGACGCUGGUCAACCCCGACGGCAGCGAGGAGCAGUUGCCGUUCGGCGCGGCGGUGUGGUGCACGGGCGUGCGGCUCAACCCGCUCGCGGAGACGCUGAUCGAGGCCAUCAACGAGGUGAACCCGGGCGUGCAGCGGAAUAUGCGGUCCAUCGUGACGGACCAGCACCUGCGCGUGCUUGGCACCGACGGCUCGAUCUACGCGAUCGGCGACGCGGCGACGAUCUACCAGCCGCGCGCGCUCGAGAAGUGCGAGGAGCUCUUCCAGCGCGCGGACGCGAACGCGGACGGCGUCGUCGGCGUCCCCGAGCUCCGGAGCAUCAUCCGGGAGGCACAGAAGGAGUACCCGCACCUCGAGGCGUACGCGGACCUCAUCGGCGAGGGCCAGCUGCGCUUCGGCGGCCUCGUGAAGAAGAUCCUGCAGCGUCGCGGGAAGGCCACGGACCCCUCCAAGCUCAAGGGCGCAGACAAGCUGCUCAGGACGGUGGACGACGACAACAACGCGCUCGACCUCGAGGGCUUCCGGGACCUGCUCGCGCAGAUCGACUCGAACCUCAGGCUGCUGCCGCCGACCGCGCAGGUCGCGCGGCAGCAGGGCGAGUACCUCGCGAAGCUGUUCACGAGCACGAAGGUCGAGGGCAAGCCGGACGACGUCGGCGCGGAGGCCAUCCAGGCGGGCAAGAAGACCUACCGCCCCUUCACUUACAACCACAAGGGGUCGCUGGCAUACGUGGGGCGCGACAACGCGGUGAUGGACAUCCCCGUCAUCGGCCCGAUCAUGGGCAAGGGCGCGGGCGUCGGCUGGAAGGCCUUCGAGACCCUGAGCCAAAUCUCCUUCCGCAACCAGGCGCUGGUGACCACCGACUGGCUGCGCUCGAAGAUCUUCGGCCGCGACAUCUCGCGAUUCUGA